ACAAAGACAAGCAGCAAGAUGAAGCACCUGUUGUUUCUGGGUAUUGCAUUUGCUGCUUUCUACAUCAGCCAUUCGAGUCCUCCAGGUUUCUGUCAAUUGAGCCCUGAUGAAGGUGAAGGUACAAGCUUUACCUUUGCUUUCUUUUAUGACCCCAUCAAAGACCGGUGCGAUCCUUUCAUAUACAAAGGCCAAGGAGGAAAUGGCAACCGUUUUCUAAAUGAAAGAGAGUGCAUAAGAAACUGUUCGGUCAAUGCAGAGACAAUCUACCCCAUGGAUGUGUCCCAAGCUUGCCACUUUAAAAAGGCCAUAGGUGAAUGCAGUGGUCAGUUUUUGAGAUACUACUACGAUUCUGUUCAUGACAAAUGCAAAAAGUUCCUCUGGUCUGGAUGCAUUGGAAACGGAAACCGUUUUUUUGACCAAGGGAGCUGCAACUCCACCUGUGCUGGUAUCCACGACGACCGUGAAGAAGAAGAGGAAGAGGAGCCAGACACUCCUAUUGCCAUCAUCUGUGGAGUUCUGCUUUCUGUCAUUAUUGCCUCCAUCUUCAUAACAGUGAUUGUCUUGACCGUUCAGUCAAAGAAAAAGAGCCCCAAAACGAAGGCACAAGGGAAAAGUAAAGAGCCCCAGUCUGGCUUACCUCUUCAGGAUAAGGGGAUUGAAAUGGCAUAGAACAUAAAAAUAACAACAUGGCAACAUGUAUCAGCUUGGUUGUGUAUUAUAACUCUAAUAGUCUUGAUAGCAAACAUAACUGAUUACAACAUUUAAGUUAAAUUUAGACAUUUUUUUACUGACUAAAAGCCAUCACAAUUGUGUUCUACUUCAUGUUUUGUUUCACCUACAACAUGUGCAAAAUUAUGUAUCCUGAGUUGUGUUAUUUCCUGGGAGCUUUAUACUGUACUUUCAUUUAAAUAAAUCUGAUGAGUGUAAUCAAAAGAAACCACAA